AUGGGCUUGGACAACGACCGUCUUGCGGCUGAGAGCCCGGACGCCAAACCAGCUCUGUCCUCCGAGCAGGCUCUGCCACCUAAGGGAGGCGAGGCCGACACGCUGGGCGAGGUUGAGAAGGGCAGCACCACCCCGAGUGUGCCACCUGCCCCCUGGAAACCGUCCAAGGAAGAGUGGAUGUUGUUCUUCCCCCUCGCACUGACCUCCUUCAUGGUCAGCUUAGAUGCCACCGUCAUCAUCACGUCGUUGCCGACCAUCGCUGAAGAUCUGGAUGCCAGCGCCACCUCGAGUUUCUGGAUAGGCACGUCCUAUCUCCUUUCGUGUGCGGUGACCAUGCCGUUUAUGGCGUCCCUGAGCGACAUCUUCGGUCGCCCAUUAUGUCUGACCCUGUCAGUCUUCGUCUUCGGUGGCGGUACCGUGGUGUGUGCGGCCGCCCAGAACAUCGAUGCCAUGCUGGCGGGACGCGCGAUCCAGGGGAUCGGUGGCGGAGGCAUCAUCAGCCUCAGUCUGGUAAUUCUCACCGACGUUGUGCCCUUGAAGUUUCGGCCUCGAUACGUGGGCAUCAUCCAGGGAGCGUGGGCCGUAGGGACGUGCGCCGGACCCAUCAUCGGCGGGGCGUUGGCGACGCGGUCGCGUUGGCGAUGGGUGUUCUACAUCAUGCUUCCUCUGGCAGGAGCGGGGGCGGUCACGGUGCCCCUGAUGGUGCGCCUGAAGAGUCGAAGGUCGGACGAUCCUUGGCGGGUCAAAGUCGCCCGUGUCGACCUCGUAGGGGCGGCCCUCUUCAUCUCGUCCGCCACGCUCGUCCUGAUUGCCUUGUCGCGGGCGGGCAUUCAGGUGCCGUGGUCCAGUGCGAUGACGGUCGGGCCUCUGGUCGGAGGUAGCUUGGGACUCGUGAUCACGGUUUUCUGGGAGAGAUUCGUGGCGACGACCCCGUUCUUGAAGAUCGCGCUGUUUUGUCGGAAAUCCGCCUACGGCGUGUACGGGGGCACGUUCGCGCAAGGUUUCUUGCUGUAUGGACAACUCUACUACUCCCCCCUCUUUUUCGAGUCGGUCAAGCUCUUGGGGCCCCUCCAGACCGGGGUGAGCCUCCUCCCGAUCAUGCUCACCCUCACCCCGGCGUCGGUCGCCGCGGGAGCACUGAUCACACGCUGGGGUCACUACCGAUGGGCCCUCUGGAGUGGUUGGGGACUCGUGACGUUGGCGGAAGGUCUCACGAUCCGAUGGGCCGCCCACACCCGCGCCGGCGAAUGGAUUGCGACCUCGAUGCUGCUCGGCCUCGGACAUGGCCUCCUCCUCACGGCCCACAACUGUGCGUCCCAGGCCACCGCGCCGUCGGGGGACGAAGGUGCCGCGACCGCCUUCUACGCGCUAGUUCGCAGCCUGGGAAUGGCGAUGGGGGUGGGAAUCAUCGCCUGUGUCUUUCUGAACGUCAUCCGCGCGAAAUGUGAAACGCGUCAGAUCCCACCUGACGUCGCGGCCAAUAUUACGUCGUACGCUGUUCGGCUGAAGUCUAUGGCGCCCGGUCACCUCCGGAGCGCGAUCAUGGAGACGUACGCCGGCGGCUUUCAGGGGACGUCGAUAUUUUUGAGCGCCGUCGGUGGGGUCGCCUUCGGUGCCUGUGUCUGGGUGCGGGGGUUCGAGAUCGACAAGGAGCUGUUAUCGGAUCAUCACAUCGUAAGCUCCCGUCAAGGAGUCACCGAAGACCAGUCUCACAUAGACGUAGUGAUGAAAGCCGGCUAGAUAUAGUGAAG